AUGUCCGUCUCAUUGGACGAAGCGUCAAGCUCGUCAGCAGCAGCGACAAUGACCACUCGCACAGCUAUGCGACAGAACAAGCUCGUCGUCUCUGCCCCUCCGACCGUUUCUCGUUUCUCCGGCACAGAACCAGAGCUGGAAACGAUGGAAGGAGCAGCCCGCCUCCUCGACCAGCUCAAACCUGCCUUUACCACCCAGCUUCAGCUCCAAGCCAUCGGUCUCUCUGGCCGUCAGCUCCCUCUACUCACCAAGGACGAACAGAUCAUGCCACACCUUUUCAACGCAGCAGGCGUGCGCUACGUCCAACCGCACCCAAACGGCGACCCCUCUCAGCGCAUCCUCCUUCUCAACGUCCCUUCAUCCUCACCUACCCCUGAUCUUGUUCUUACAACCAUCCAGAAACACGGCUUUGAGCUCAUCAAAGAACACACUCUCGAGCUGGGCUACGACCAUCUCUCAUCCGACCAAGUCCUCGAAUCCCUCCUCCCCCAUCAAAUCGUUUCUACAGAAGGCGUCCCCAGCGGCUACACAAUCGUCGGUCACAUCGCCCACCUCAACCUCCUCGACAUCUACCUUCCCUUCCGCUACCUCGUUGGAGCCAUCAUUCUCUCCAAACACUCUUCCGCUCUCCGCACAGUCGUCAACAAGCUCGAUACGAUCGACACUGAAUUCCGUUUCUUCAAAAUGGAACUUCUCGCCGGGGAGCCAUACUACAUCGCUACCGUCUCCGAGUCCGAUUGCACGUUUGAAUUCGAUUUCCGCAGCGUAUACUGGAACUCCCGCCUGCACGCGGAGCAUAUGAGACUGAUCAACAAGUGCAGACCAAAUCAGGUGCUGGCUGAUGUGAUGGCAGGAGUGGGACCAUUUGCGGUUCCGGCGGCGAAGAGGGGGACUUGGGUAUUGGCGAAUGAUUUGAACCCGAGCAGUCAUGAGAGCUUGUUGAAGAAUGCCACCUUGAAUAAGGUCUUGGAGGGGGAGAAGGAGGGGGAGAGAUUUGAUGGAGGCUUGGUGGGGAAGUGUAUGGAUGGUAGGGAGUUCGUUAGAUGGUGCAUGGUCGAGGCGUGGAAGCGUGAGUUUCGGGGAAGACCGAAAGGAUUUGAUGGUGAAGAGGUGGAGAAGGAGGAUGAAAGGUUGAGAGAGUUUGCCAGAAAGACGAUCAAGGAGAAGAGUAAGAAGGUUAGGGCUGUACAUGCUGCUAGACACACCGCCAAAUCUUCUUCCACUCCAACAGAGCUUGCAAAGGAUGCAUCCCAACUCACCAUCAACCCUCCAGCGGGACCAGAGGUUGAUCGAUAUCCACCACGCAAACUCAUUGAUCACUUCGUAAUGAACCUUCCCGCAACAGCACUUGAAUUCCUCGAUGCUUACCGCGGGGCGUACACUCACCUCGCCUCUAUCGUUGGCGAAGAUGCCAUCCGAACCGAGCUCCUCUCCCGCUCUCAAUCCACUGACUCCUCGCUCAGCGCUACACCAACAAUCCACGUCCACUGCUUCAGCAAAGACCCUUUCCAACCAGCUCUCGACAUCCUCAAUCGCGCCAAUACCGCCCUUGGCCUCUUCCCCAACUCCCCUCACCGCCUCAAAUCAAAACCAAUCCUUCCACCACCACAAACCUUCGCCGGUCUCCGCAAAUCUUCUUCCCCCUCCUCAUCCAAAAAAGAGGUCGGAAACUAUCUCACAUCUCACCCCGACUACGAGAAGUACAGGAAUGUUGCUGGCCAAAAGGAGUUCAUGGAUCAGGUGGACGGAGAAUGGCAGGAGAGAGAUGGUGGAAAAGCGACGGAAGGGUUAGAGAUUCAUUAUGUUAGGGAUGUAGCUCCGAACAAGCAGAUGUAUUGUUUGAGUUUCCCUUGUCCACUUGAGGUCCUAUGGGCACCGCACCCUUCCGACUCAUCAUAG